AUGGUCAAUUCAAAAACACUCGUGUCAAUAGCCGCGUCACUCGUGCUUUGCUUAGUGACACUCCCCGUUUUGGUGAGUAAAAUAUGGUACCCGUCAAUACUGGGCUUCCACACUUCAGAUUUGCUCAAUGUGGAUUCCCUCGAGAGAGAGGGCACGUACUACUUCAGUUACGCAAGUCCGUUCACAAAGGAGUAUCAGUACAAAGACAACAGAGGUGCCGUCGAGACUGGAGGUAUCUCGUACUACAAUUUGAACGAACUGGCCGCAUCCCCGGACGCAGAGGGGCACAGUGAACAUAUCUUGGUACUGAUCCCCUUGAUCAAUUUCAACAGCAGGUUCUUCGAAAACCUCUUCGCACUCACGUACCCGAAACAGCUGAUCGAUUUGGGGGUCAUCGUCCCAGAUUCUAAAAACGCUACGGGCAUCCUACAGGCCCUACAGGAGACUUUGGCAAAAGUACAAGCGAACGACAGUACAAGGUACAACAAAAUAACAGUCUUGAAAGAUGACAACAAGUGGGGCAACACUGACGAUCCGGUGGCAUACAGGAAACAACUCGCAGCGUUGAAGAACCAGCUCUUGUUCUCGACACUCCCGCCGUACUGCAGCUGGGUCCUGUGGCUGGACUCACAGAUCACCGGUACACCAACAACCCUGGUGCAAGACUUGGCGAACCAUGGGAAGGCGAUCCUAACAACACACAUAUUCAACAACAGCGAUGGCUCACCAGACAGCGAGACGCUGAACAACUGGGUCGCUAGCGACACAUGGAGAUCGCUCGCCACUGGGAUGCCGCACAGUCGGGUCGUCAUCGAGGGCGUGUCCCACGUGUACACGGACAGACCCCUCAUGGGCCAGUUCUACGACGCCGCGGCAUCCGUGCUCACAGAGAUGGAACUCGAUAGCGUGAGCACCGCAUGCACGCUCGUCAAGGCGGAGGUGCACAGGGAUGGCGCGAUGUUCCCGAAUUUUGCAUUCCACCACCUCGUUGAAACGGAAGGUUUCGCCAGGAUGGCAAGACUACUCAAGCACCAGGCUUUCGGAUUACCAAACUACGUGGUACACCGAGGAUAA